ACACAGACCGGCGUUGACUGGACUCCAGACGUAAAGUUGGAUCAAUUGAAACCGAAACAAUCGAGUGCGCCGUCCGGUGGCCAAUCAAAUGACGCUCAGAGGUUGGAUGGUUUGGUGAGAGCACAGGGAGAUCUGGUCCGCAAACUGAAGGGCGACAAAGCGGCCAAAGAUGUGAUCACCGAAAGUGUGAACAAAUUGUUGGAAUUGAAGGCAGAGUUUAAGAAAGUUUACGGAAAGGAUUGGACACCAGAUGUGAAAAUCAGUCAAACAAAUGGUACAAAUCCGACGCCGACUGCAAAUCCGGCCCCGACUGCUGGUGGAGCCGGAAGUGAUGCCCAGAGAUUGGAUGGUUUGGUGAGAGCACAGGGAGAUCUGGUCCGCAAAUUAAAGGGCGACAAAGCGGCUAAAGAUGUCAUCACUGAAAGUGUGAACAAAUUGUUGGAACUGAAGGCCGAGUUUAAGAAAGUCUACGGAAAGGAUUGGACACCAGAUAUACAGAUAACGAGUCAAACGAGUGGUAAUCAACCGUCAGCUGGAAGUGACGCUCAAAGACUCGACGAUUUGGUCCAAAAACAGGCCGACACUGUCCGCCAACUAAAGGCUGAUAAGGCGGACAAAGCACAGGUCGAUGAGAGCGUCAAAAAGCUGUUAGAACUGAAAGUCGAGUAUAAGAAGACUACCGGCGCUGACUGGGUAUCCAAAGCAGCGCCGGCUGCUGGAAACGCGCCGAAAGCCAGCGGUACUACACCUAAAGAUAGCGCAAAGAAGCCAUCGAGUGAUAAGUCCAACAAAAAGGCCGAAAAUAAGCCCAAAAAGGAGGCGCCGACUGCAAGCAGCGCCGGCGGCGACAGUAAAUCGGGCGCCAAAAAGCAGACCCGACUCGGAAUGGAGACGAAAAAGGCUGAGAACACCGCCGACUGGUAUACGGAAGUCAUAACCAAAGCCGAGAUGAUUGAGUACUACGACGUGUCCGGCUGUUACAUACUGAGGCCCUGGGCAUACGCCAUAUGGGAGACCAUACAGGGCUGGUUCGACGCCCAGAUCAAGGGCCUGGGGGUCGAGAACUGUUACUUUCCGAUGUUUAUAUCGAAGGCGGCGUUGGAGACCGAGAAGACACACAUCGCCGACUUCGCGCCAGAGGUGGCGUGGGUUACGAAGUCGGGUCAGUCCGAGUUGGCCGAACCCAUCGCCAUACGGCCCACGUCCGAGACGGUGAUGUACCCGUCGUACGCCAAAUGGGUCCAAUCGCACCGGGAUCUGCCCAUUCGGCUCAACCAGUGGUGCUCUGUCGUGCGCUGGGAGUUCAAGACGCCCACCCCCUUCCUGAGGACCCGCGAGUUCCUCUGGCAAGAGGGCCACUCGGCCUUCGCCUCCAAAGAGGAGGCGCUCGAAGAGGUCUACCAAAUACUCGACUUUUACGCUCAGGUGUAUGAGUACCUGUUGGCCAUACCGGUCAUCAAAGGCCGUAAGACCGAGAAGGAGAAGUUCGCGGGCGGCGACAUGACCACCACCUGCGAGGCCUACGUGGGCACCAAUGGACGGGGCAUUCAAGGCGCCACUUCCCACUUCUUGGGCCAGAACUUCAGCAAAAUGUUUGAUAUAGUGUUCGAAGACCCGCAAGAAGUCGGUCAGAAGAGGUACGCCUACCAGAACUCGUGGGGUCUGUCCACCCGUUCCAUAGGCGCGGUGGUCAUGAUUCACGGCGACGACAAGGGACUGGUACUACCGCCGCGUGUGGCCAAACUACAGGUGGUGAUCGUUCCGUGCGGUAUAACCGCCACGACUACCGACGCUGACAAACAGAAACUAAUGGACGGGUGCCGACAGUUGGAGCUACAGCUACGAGGGGCCGGUAUGCGCGUGCGGUGCGACCUCAGCGACCACUACUCGCCCGGCUGGAAGUUCAACCACUGGGAGCUGAAGGGAGUGCCCGUUCGCGUCGAGUUCGGCCCCAAAGACAUGCAAAAGGGAGAGUUCGUGGCUGUCAGGCGAGACACCGGCGCCAAAAGCACCCAUAAGUUGGCGAACGCCGCGGGAGACUGUAAGACACUAUUGGAUCAAAUUCACGACAACCUCUACGAGAAGGCCAAAGGGGAACGGGAUUCGCAUCUCAUUGUGACCCGCGAUUGGCAGCAGUUUUUAGCCAAAUUGGACGAGAAGUUCAUAAUAAUGUCGCCCUUCUGUGGCGGUACCGACUGCGAGGACCAGAUUAAGAGGGACUCCGCCAAAGAGGACGUGUCGGAUGCCUCCGGACCACUGAUGGGCGCCAAAUCGCUGUGCAUUCCUCUGGAACAGCCCCAAGAACUCACUCAAGACAUGGUAUGCAUUCAUCCCAACUGUAAAGCGAAGCCGAAGUACUUCACGCUUUUCGGAAGGAGUUAUUAA